AUGUCGGCGCUAUUUAACCUGGAAUCCAUGAUCACCGUUAUCAUCCUCUGCAUAUGCACAUGUACAUACCUGAAGCCGCGCUUCCCCAACGUCUUCGACAACAAGAAAAACGGGUUCCUCGGUACCCUUGGCAAAUUUGCAGUCAUUGGGGACCGCCUGUCCUUAUACGUGUCCGUGGCGUGUGUCAUCCUGGCCUUCGUCAACCUCUUUCUGCGAUAG